AUGCCCUACAGCUCAUGGCACGUGCUGCAUCACCGCGCCAGCGACCGGCGCCCGGAGCACCGCCUCAAGUGUCCGCUCUGCCGCCGAGACAGCGCGGAGCCGACUGCCCACCGGCGGAAGCUGUUCCUGGUCGCGGAGCGGCUCUCGUGGGAAGACGGGCUGGUGCCGCGCGCCGAGCGCGAGCUGAACGAGGAGCUGACCUGGGAAGUGAACUACUGUCUCGGGCUGCACGAGCCCGCCAUCGAAGACCCGGACCACGUCCCCGGCGGGAGGCUGUCUCGCCUUAACCAAUGGCACCCUUUUGCCGAUGAGGACGAUUGCGUCGCGACGCUCAAGCUGGUCGCCUCCGCCGACUGCCUCACCCAGAAGUCUUGGACCGUGUGGUCCAACUUGGUCGGCUCCCUGCGUGAAUCCCAGACGGCGGACCCGCUUUCCGCUUCUAGCAAGCAGUAUACAGGCGCGUACAAGAGCCGUUACCUCCCCACGCCCCCGUCCUCUCUCCGCUUCGUCUUGAACGAUUCCUCGCCCCCGCCUGCGUCGCCUCCGCGCUUGCGCACCUUGCAAGAGUUCUAUGCCCUCCUCGACUCCAUCGAGCGGUCCUCGUUCGUGGGCGCCCAGUUCCUGGAGGCUUACGCCGAACAGUUACGGGACGACCUGUGCAAUGAUUGCUGGUUUAAGCACAACAUCCUGCCUGGGCCACCGUCGCCGUAG